CGGGGGAUUCAUGGAGGAUUUCGGGCAGAAGGUGGACCUCACGCAGCGGAUCCGCGAGGUGCUGCUCAACUAUCCCGAGGGGACGACCAUCCUCAAGGAGAUGAUCCAGAACGCGGACGACGCGGGAGCGAGCCAGGUGUGUUUCUGUGUGGAUCGCCGCCGCCACGCCGUCGAUUCCCUCGUCUCGCCGCCGCUAGCGCAGUGGCAAGGCCCCGCCCUCCUCGCCUACAACAAUGCCGCCUUCACGGAGGAGGAUUUCCAGAGCAUUUCCAGGAUUGGCGACAGCAAGAAGCGCGGCCAGGCGUGGAAGACUGGCCGAUUUGGGAUUGGAUUUAACUCCGUGUACCAUCUCUCGGAUCUGCCAUCGUUUGUGAGUGGCAGUCACGUCGUCUUCUUCGAUCCGCAGUGCCAGUUCUUGCCGAGUGUAUCGUCGCUAAAUCCUGGCAAACGCAUUGACUUUGUCGCUUCCACGGCUCUCGAGAACUUUCCCGACCAGUUCUCGCCAUACUGUGUUUUCGGCUGUGACAUGCGACGUCCUUUCGGAGGUACUCUCUUUAGAUUUCCAUUGAGGUCUGCCGAGCAAGCCGCCACCAGCAAGCUUUCCAAGCAGUCGUAUACUUCCACUGACAUGCUGGAGCUUCUCCGCGAUUUAUAUCACGAGAUUGUACAGGUGAUGCUCUUUCUCAAGAACGUCGAACGCGUGGAGUUUUACGAGUGGAGCGCCGGUUCUAGCUCCCCGACUCUGCUUUACUCGUGUGCCGUGAGGCUGCCAACUUCCGAGAUAAGAUCGCACAGGCAGCUGUUUCUGAGGCUUUCCAAGGGAAAAGACGCUGCUGCUAGCGAAGAAACGAAGGAUGUUUUCAGAUUGGAGCUGGUUACCAAUGCUUACACAGGGGCUGACAGCGGCAAGGAAAGUUUGAGCUCGUUUCUUAUCUCGCAAGCUAUGGGGUCUUCCGCUAGCAGAAUUGGUGCUCUGGCUACAAAUGCUUUCAAGAGUUAUGGCCUGCGUCUUCUUCCUUGGGCAUCAGUUGCUGCAUCUAUUUUACCCGGUAAGGAAUGGAGGUCGAAGGUCGCGCGUUUUGCUUUCUUCCGCUUCCUAUAAAAACCGGGAUGCCGUUUCACGUCAACGGAUACUUCGAGCUCUCGGCAAAUCGACGAGAUAUAUGGCACGGUUCCGACAUGGACAGGAUGGGAAAGCUU